GGCUCGCCUGCGGCCGUCAUUCGUGAAAUGCGCGGUGGCGAUGAAGCAGCCUUGGCCGUGCGUGUGGGGCACGGGCGCCGUGCUUGCUGAGCGCGACGUAUGGGGUAGAUGGAGACUGCUGGGUUUGGGCGUGUACGGUCCAGGUUGCGGCGCGCCAUCACGUUUCAUCGAUAUGCAGCGCUACUACCCCUGGAUCGAGGACUCCCUGGACAAGUUCCAACGCAUCACCAUCUCGGAGAUCAAUCAGCACAAAUAUGUAUUGCGCAGUGGUGUCGCUUUCGGAUCGCUGAUGCGUUUUGGCGAAUGCGACAAUUAUGAGAAGCAAAAUAUCAUCUUUCGCGAAAGUUUCCAGCUGAGCGUGGACAAUAACUACAUGAAGAGAUUCAAACACAACGUGAGUCAUUCAAAUAUAUAG